UGAAUCAGAAGAGAAAAAGAUAACGCACAUCACAACGACGUCGUAUACACUAACCUUCUUCUGGUUUCAGCUCUCUCUAAUGAAAACGAAAAAACAAAAAAAGAAGACAUGUUAUUUCACAUGUGUCAUCAUUCUCUGAUUCUUUUGGAUCUCCCUCUGAAUCUCAAUUUCGUGCCCUUCUUUUCCAUCUAUUCAACUUGAUCCACUUUUGCUCACUCUCUGCUAUUUUUUCUUUUGAUGCCAUUGUUUUACUUGUCACAUAAAUCCUUUUGUAAUGGAUUCAGAUGCUUUAAACUGCUGAUAUUAUUUUCUGCUCAGAAGGUAAUGAAAAGGAAUUGAUAAGUGAUGGCGGCGGGAGAAGUGAGGACUCUAUGGCAGAGAACUGCUAAUCGAUGCUUUGUGCAGGAAGAUGCAAAAAGAGCUCCCAAGUUGGCUUGUCGCCAAACUUCAUGUGCGACGUCAAAACUGGUUGAUGCUGGACCUGCCAAUACAGCAGAUGAAUCAGAUUGUGCUGCUGUUAAUGUUAACCAUUUUAACAGCAAAUCUUCAUUUUGUCAUUCAUCACCUGACCCUAGGUGGUGGUUGCAUUUGCAACCUAAUUAUGAGUAUCAAAAAGGUUUAACAAAUGAAAAGUUAAGUGCAUUGGAGGAAGAGGUAGAAACUUUGCUAGCUAGUGAUGAAAGUAAAACAUCUGGUAAGAAUUCUCUAGAAUUUCCUGAGUUAAUGGAUGUGAUGGCAAAACAUGAGAUGAUGAAAAUUGAUUCUAUUGCCUGCUCGGUUUCCUCCAAGCAAACAAAUGAUUUUUCCUCGGAAUCAGAUUAUUCUUGGAUUGAAGGUGAUAAGGCCGAGCCAUGGUGGCGGACGACAGACAGAGAUGAGUUAGCUUCCUUUGUUUCACACAAAUCACUCAACCAUAUAGAGAACUGUGAUCUUCCUCCUCCUAAGAAGAAGCAUCUUACUGGAUACCCUUGCUCUAGUACUAUUAGUAACGAGAAAAUAAAGACGGCGUCUUAUAACUCGGAAGCCAAAUCCAGAAGUUUUCCCUAUACGACAGCUCAUACACAGAGAAAUUUAGAUUCAGGAUUGGUACAUAGGAAGCAGGGGCCUUCUGCCAAUGAAGGGCUGUUGUAUUUUGCUUCUGACAAAUCUUCAAGGGAUACCCCCCUACACAAGGAUGUCAAGCAGGGUCAACAAAUUUCUGAGGGAGAUCCAAACAAAACUCAACUGAUGGAGGCAUUGUGUCACUCUCAAACACGCGCAAGGGAAGCAGAGGAAGCAGCAAAACAAGCUUAUGCGGAGAAAGAGCACAUUGUUACACUCAUUUUUAAACAAGCUUCACAACUCUUUGGCUAUAAACAAUUGAUUAAACUGCUGCAGCUGGAAACUCUCCGCAAUCAGAUUAAGAAUAAUGAUCAGUCAACCUCAACUCUCUUUCCAGUGGCUCUUCCGUGGAUGUCCUAUGAAUGUAGGAAAUCACGGAAGAGAAAGCAGACCUAUUCCAAUGGCAAGCGUGAAAGAGAAGGCAAGCCAAAUUGUGAUAUUACAACAUACGCCGUUGCGAUUGCUUUAGGAUUAAGUCUUGUCGGGGCCGGCUUGCUGUUAGGAUGGACUGUCGGUUGGAUGUCACCUUGUUCGUAGUUCUGUAAUAUUUGAAUCAUAGUCUUGUUUGUCACAAGUUAUCAGAUAUGUCUGUAUUUUUGUAAAUUAGUUAGUCUAUAAACUGUACAUUCUGCUUUGUAAUUUUGUAUUGAAUAGAGAUUAUGUACUUAAAUCUUUUUGUGAUGAUGAGAAACAGAUAUUUCUCUUCAAAACAUUUCUGGGGAUAGUAGAAGAAAAUUCAAGUUGCAAACUUCCAAAAACUUGUAGUAAUGAAAAAAUGUUGGGUGGUGAUUUUCUAUUGAGGAGGGAGUAUCUUGAAGGAGACAGUUUGUGACGGAGCUCAUGUAGAAAGGAAGAACUCCAUAGGCUGAUUCCAUUCGUGAAUUAGUGUGUAUUCUAGUUUUGACUUCCAUUCUUGUUUUUGUAAAGCAUGUUGUCAAUAUUGAAAUAGCAAAGUCAUGUUGAUGA